CUCAAAACCCCUGGCCGGGCGCCGCCGCCGUGAUUUGCGGCAGGAGCGAUGGGUCUGAGGCUGGGCGUGUGGCUGGGGCUGGCGGGGCUGCUGCUGCUGAGCGGCGGCGCCUUGGGGGCCUCUGCGCUGGGCCGGCCGGGGCAGCGCAUGGUGGGGGCGCCGGUGGAGGCCUCGCUGGAGGAGCCGGAGGUGAAGCAGGCGCUGCAGUUCGCCGUGCAGCGCUACAACCGCGGCACCAACGACGCCUUCCACAGCCGCGUGGCCGAAGUGCUCAGCGCCCACAAGCAGAUUGUUGCCGGAGUCAAGUACAUUUUCAACGUUAAAGUCGGGCGGACAAGAUGCAGAAAUUCUGAAGCAGUUGUUGAGGACUGUGAGUUCAUGGUGGAACCAGAUCAGGCAAAGCAAGCAACUUGCACCUUUGAGGUGUAUGUUGUUCCUUGGAUAAACAAAGUUGAUCUGGUGAAAAAUGACUGCCAGUGAACAUGCGGUGGCGUUCCUGCAGGGGUGCAGGCGGCUGAUCUGAAGGUCCUUUUCCUGUUCAGUAAGAGCAAUAAUCUCCAAGACUUCUUGCUGCCAACUUAAAAUUGCUUUCCUGUUUGUGCUGCGCAAGUAGAAUCCUCUAACCAUUCUUAAAAAAACAACAACCCAUAAUCCUGGUGUUCAUUCUUUACUGAAUUAUGUAACUAAUGUGUCCAGGCUUGGUUAGGAACAGAAAGUAACUAUACUACAUUUGCUUUGUCAAGGAAUGAAGUUUUAAAAAGAUCUGUAAUGUUCUGACAUUUGUUGCUCACAAUAAACUACUGCUAUUCAGCGCCA